AUGCCGACAUCGGCAGUGCAACCAGGCAAUGUUCAAAAUAAAGGGGUGUUUAAUAAUACGACCGGCUUCAGCACUUUGAUCACGGUUACAGUUUUGUCACUGGCUUGGUUGGCCGGCUUUGCCUCCCGGCUUUUCGCUGUAAUACGUUUUGAAAGUAUUAUUCAUGAGUUUGACCCAUGGUUUAACUAUAGAUCCACAGCAUAUAUGGUACAACAUGGGUUUUAUAAUUUUUUAAAUUGGUUUGAUGAAAGAGCAUGGUAUCCCUUGGGGCGUAUUGUAGGGGGUACUGUGUAUCCCGGUCUUAUGAUCACAUCAGGGACCAUACAUUGGAUUUUGCAUGCUCUUAAUAUACCUAUACAUAUAAGAGAUAUUUGUGUGUUUCUAGCACCAGUAUUCAGUGGACUAACAGCUAUAGCAACAUACUUAUUAACCUCAGAAUUAUGGUCUCGAGGUGCUGGCUUGUUUGCUGCUUGUUUCAUAGCUAUUGUGCCAGGGUACAGUAGCAGAUCUGUGGCUGGCAGUUAUGAUAAUGAGGGUAUUGCCAUAUUUGCAUUACAAUUCACAUAUUAUUUGUGGUUGAAGAGUAUAAAGAGUGGGUCAAUUUUCUGGUCUAUUUGUACUGCACUGUCCUACUUUUACAUGGUAUCAGCAUGGGGAGGCUAUGUGUUUAUCAUCAAUUUGAUUCCACUUCAUGUGUUUGUCUUGUUGAUAAUGGGUAGAUUCUCACAAAGACUAUUUGUCAGUUAUAGUGUUUUCUACAUUGUUGGUUUAUUACUAUCUAUGCAAAUUCCAUUUGUUGGUUUCCAACCAAUACGCACGAGUGAACACAUGGCUGCAUCAGGUGUAUUUGCUUUGUUGAUGGCAAUUGGUGCAUUAAAAUAUUUGCACAGUCUAAAUCCAAAAGGGCAGUGGAAACAAUUGUUAAUACUGGGUGGAUUGGUAGCUGCUGGCACGGUCUUCUUAGCAGUGGUUUUACUUACAUAUAUGGGAGUAAUUGCUCCUUGGAGUGGCAGAUUCUAUUCAUUGUGGGACACUGGUUAUGCCAAAAUCCAUAUCCCCAUCAUAGCGUCAGUGUCCGAGCACCAGCCGACCACGUGGUCGUCCUUCUUCUUCGACCUUCACGUGCUCGUGUGUACCUUCCCGGUAGGGCUCUGGUACUGCAUCAAGAAUAUUAACGAUGAGAGAGUUUUUGUGGCCUUAUACGCACUAAGUGCGGUAUACUUCGCGGGGGUGAUGGUGCGUCUAAUGUUGACAUUGACGCCGGUGGUGUGUGUACUCGCCGGUAUCGCCUUCUCUAUACUGCUUGAUUUAGUUCUGAGAGAGGAUGACCUGCCUCCUGCGUCUGUUGAGGCAGAUGACUCCAAGAAUUUGUAUGAUAAGGCGGGUAAAAUAAAGAAGCGUACACACGAGCCCGCGCCGCCCGCGGACUCCGGCCUCGGCAUGAACGUGCGCUCGGGCACGCUCAUCGGCUUCAUGAUACUGCUCAUGCUGUUCUCCGUGCACUGCACCUGGGCCACCUCCAACGCUUACUCCAGCCCUAGUAUUGUGUUGGCCAGCUACGGUAAUGAUGGGUCUCGGAAAAUCCUUGAUGACUUUAGAGAAGCAUAUGGCUGGCUUUCACAAAACACUGCCGAGGAUGCCAGAAUUAUGUCUUGGUGGGAUUACGGAUAUCAGAUAGCCGGUAUGGGUAACAGGACGACUCUGGUCGACAACAACACAUGGAAUAACUCCCACAUAGCGUUAGUAGGCAAAGCCAUGGCGAGUAACGAGAGUGCCGCGUACAACAUAAUGACCAUGCUGGACGUGGACUACGUAUUGGUCAUCUUCGGAGGAGCCAUCGGGUAUUCUGGUGAUGACAUCAACAAGUUCAUCUGGAUGGUGCGCAUUGCUGAGGGAGAACAUCCUAAGGAUAUACAUGAAGCGGAUUAUUUCACAGAAAGAGGAGAAUAUAGAAUAGAUUCGGAAGCUUCGAAAACUAUGUUGAAUUGUCUCAUGUAUAAGUUAUCAUAUUAUAGAUACGACAGCGGAGGCAGUCCGUCGGGCUACGACCGCACGCGCGGCGCGCUGCCCGGACACCGCGGGUUCAAGCUCACCUACCUGGAGGAGGCCUACACCACCGAGCACUGGCUCGUCAGGAUAUACAGAGUAAAGAAGCCUGACGAGUUCAACCGGCCGCGGCUGCCGCUGUCCAAGAGGUCGAUAUCCACCAGUAAUAGUAUUUCUAAAAAGCUGUCUUACGGUGUAGGACCGAUGACAUCGAAAAGGAGAAAAGGUUUGUUAAAGAACAAACCGACGCUAGUGAAGGGCAAGAAGAUCGGCAAACUCGAG